GUUACUCUUAUUCAAGCUAUCCUGAUUUCGUACUUUCCUAAUGAUACAUCAAUUAUACCCGAAGAUCUUUCUUAUUCUUUUUCUCUGAUGAUUUAUUCUGCUGCUGCAGUUACUAAUUCUUUCCAAUCUAAUGAUGAAGUUGGGAGACAUAGUUUCAUGAUGUUCAGGCGAUUGUACAAUAGAGUGACCAGUAAAAAAAACAUUGAAUCUAAUGUUAUCAAUUAUGUAAGUAAUAUUAAUGAAUCCCAAACUUCAUCCUCGUCUAAUAAAGGAAAAGAGAAACUCUGUGAUAAAUUAGAUAACCAACUUGACCUUAUAGAAGAGAAAUAUGCUAAAAUGGAUACUCAAUCUUCAAAAAAAAGAAAAUUAAAUAAUUAUAUUCCAAAACCAAAACCGCAAAAAGACGAAUCAUCAUCUACUAAUUUUACGGACACGAUCUCCCAAAUUAAAACUGGUGAACCUCCUGUGCAAGAAAACUCUGAUGAUACAGUUAAUAGUCAAGAUAUAGAUUCGGAUUAA